AUGGCUGAGGCUGAAGAGAUUCAGCCCCUCGUCUGUGACAAUGGAACUGGAAUGGUCAAGGUAAUUAACGAUUCCUGGAGAUUCCCCAACACUCCCAGUUCCUAAUAAUUAUUUUCCUCUUUACGUAAACUUCUGCAAUCUUAUGUUAACAGGCUGGAUUUGCUGGAGACGAUGCUCCAAGGGCUGUCUUCCCAAGUAUCGUCGGACGACCUCGCCACACAGGCGUCAUGGUCGGCAUGGGACAGAAAGAUGCAUAUGUAGGUGAUGAGGCCCAAUCUAAGAGGGGAAUUUUAACGUUGAAGUACCCAAUUGAGCAUGGAAUCGUCACCAAUUGGGAUGACAUGGAGAAAAUCUGGCAUCACACUUUCUACAAUGAGCUGCGAGUUGCCCCAGAGGAGCACCCUGUUCUGCUCACUGAAGCCCCUCUCAACCCCAAGGCCAACAGAGAGAAGAUGACACAGAUCAUGUUCGAGACCUUCAACGUCCCAGCCAUGUAUGUCGCAAUUCAGGCCGUUCUCUCUCUAUAUGCCAGUGGCAGAACAACAGGUGAGGAAAUCAUUCGGUAAACUUAACCAGCUUAAGCCGGCAUCUUAUGAAUUCAUCCAACUAGCACAUCUCGAUAUAUCUAUCUAUCUAUCUAUCUAUCUAUAUAUAUAUAUAUAUAUAUAUAUAUAUAUAUAUAUAUAUAGGUAUGUAUAAAUAUUUACAUUAUGGUUUCCAAAAUGCUGGUUUGGUUCAGAAGAUUAAUGUUGGUCAUGCAUAUUUUAAAGCAGUGGCUUUUAUGCACUCUCGUCUGCUUUCCCUGAGAAUUGAACAUUUCUGCUCCUCGAAUGGGCCAUCUUAAAUUCAUGUAAACAUAUGGUUUUCAUGAACACGUUUAAAUUUAUAGAUGAUGUAUUGUUGGUCUAUUGUGCUUCAUGCUCCUCGCUGGUAGUCCUUUUUAUGUCAUUUGAACGACCGCUUUCAAGGAUGCGAUUUCGUCUCGAAACUGGACAUUCAUUUUCUGGUUUCAACGGUUCCUCAUCGUUUCAAUCCCACUGGGCUGUUCUUCAGGCAUCGUGCUGGAUUCCGGCGAUGGCGUGACCCACACUGUGCCGAUCUACGAGGGCUACGCCCUCCCUCACGCCAUUCUCCGGCUCGAUCUUGCCGGGAGGGACCUGACGGAUGCUCUGAUGAAGAUCCUGACCGAGAGGGGCUACUCCUUUACCACCACCGCCGAGCGGGAAAUCGUCCGCGACAUCAAGGAGAAGCUCGCCUACGUGGCCCUCGACUACGAACAGGAGCUGGAGACGGCCAAGUCCAGCUCCUCCGUCGAGAAGAGCUACGAGCUGCCCGACGGGCAGGUGAUCACCAUCGGCGCGGAGAGGUUCCGCUGCCCGGAGGUCCUCUUCCAGCCGUCCCUCGUCGGCAUGGAAGCUGCUGGCAUCCACGAGACGACCUACAACUCUAUCAUGAAGUGCGAUGUGGACAUCAGGAAGGACCUCUACGGCAACAUCGUGCUCAGCGGCGGCACCACCAUGUUUCCCGGCAUCGCCGACCGGAUGAGCAAGGAGAUCACGGCCCUCGCUCCGAGCAGCAUGAAGAUCAAGGUCGUGGCCCCGCCCGAGAGAAAGUACAGCGUCUGGAUUGGAGGGUCCAUCCUCGCGUCCCUCAGCACCUUCCAGCAGGUAACAACCAAGAACACUCCCUUCCCUUCCUUUCGAGCUCUUCCUCUUCCUUCUGAUCACCCCUUUUAUCCCCGGGCUUGUCGUGCUUCUUCAGAUGUGGAUAUCCAAGGCAGAGUACGACGAGUCUGGGCCGGCCAUUGUCCACAGGAAGUGCUUCUAG